CCUCGCACUUCAGUUCGCGCGUGUGUGAGGAUUCAAACGGUUGCUCUUCGUUUCUCACUACACUCGCGUCGGAACUGCACCGCGUCUAGUGAAUCCUUACGGGUAAUUUAAACAAGACUGAGAAAACAUUUCCCUUCAAUGAAAAGCGCGUUUUGCAGUGGGAUGUCGUGCGCGAGAUGAUGUUUUCUCUGUGAGGGGAUUUUCGCUUUAGAAGCUCCUCAACCCAGAAGGAUGCUGGUGGGAAAUGCCUGUCGACAGAGAGGACGAGAUUUGUCAAAAAGCGCUAGAACUCUUGUCAGACCUUUGUUCUAAGGGGGAGGUGCAGAAUGAAAACUGUUUGGAUUUCAUUUAUUAUUUCCGAGACCUUGCCAGACCGAGGUAUCCGGACUCAGACAUAUCUGUGAGCCUCCUGUCAUUGGUGGUGACUGCCUGUGGCUUGGCCCUGUUUGGCGUUUCUCUCUUCGUUUCAUGGAAAUUGUGCUGGAUUCCAUGGCGCGAGCAAGGCCUCUCUCCUGGCACAAAGGAGCGACAUCCAGACCCACCACACCCUCCUCCUCCACCCCUCCAACCCCAGACCAUCUACACAGAGGUGGAUGCCGCCCUCGACCGCCGAAAUAACGUACGGGGUUCUGUGGUCAAGGAGACCACGAUGCCGCCCACUCCGGUUUCUCCAGUUGUUCCGGCAUCUCCACCUGCUAUGCCUGUGCCUGAGGCAGCACUCAAGAUAAGCCACACAUCACCUGAUAUUCCACUAGAAGUUGAGUCCAAGACCCAAGAGAAUGGUGUCCAUGGCAACGCACGCAUGCAGAGGCAAAUCACGGAUCCCUCCUCAACCUGUGUCAGGCAAAGUUCAAUUCGGCGUCAGAUGAAUCAGUCUAACCCUGACUUCACAGUGACUCAGUUCCAGAGGCAGGACUCUCUGACAGGCAUGUGUCUGGGCCAGCUAAAGCCAGAACUCUACAAACAGCGAUCUCUGGAUGGCGAAGACAACCGAAGCAGUCGGGUGGGCAGCUGUGGACUCCUCCACUUUAUUCUUAAAUAUGACUGUGACCUGGAGCAGCUCAUUGUCAAGAUCCACCGAGCUCAAGACCUCCCUGCCAAGGACUUCUCUGGGACCUCUGACCCAUAUGUGAAAAUCUACCUUCUCCCAGACCGCAAAACCAAGCACCAAACUAAGGUGCACCGUAAGACUUUAAACCCGGUGUUUGAUGAGGUCUUCCUUUUUCCUGUGGCAUAUGCAGAUCUGCCCACAAGAAAGCUGCAUUUCAGCGUCUAUGAUUUUGAUCGUUUUUCACGCCACGAUAUUAUUGGGCAGGUGGUAGUUGACAACUUUUUGGACCUAGUGGACUUUCCCAGGGAGACCAAACUCUGCAGGGACAUCCAAUAUGUGUCUUCGGAUAAUGUGGAUCUAGGCGAUUUGAUGUUUUCUCUGUGCUACCUUCCUACUGCCGGACGUCUCACCAUCACCAUGAUCAAAGCACGAAAUCUGAAAGCCAUGGACAUCACUGGAGCUUCAGAUCCUUAUGUGAAGGUUUCUCUGAUGUGUGAUGGGAGAAGAUUGAAGAAGAGAAAAACUUCUACCAAGAGGAACACUUUGAACCCAGUGUACAAUGAGGCCAUAGUGUUUGAUGUUCCUCCAGAGAACAUUGACCAAAUCAGCCUUCUCGUAGCUGUUAUGGACUAUGACCGUGUAGGUCACAAUGAGGUCAUAGGUGUGUGUCGAAUAGGCAAUGAUGCUGAGGGUUUGGGCAGAGAACACUGGAAUGAGAUGUUGACUUACCCACGCAAACCCAUCGCACACUGGCACCCUCUCGUCGAGUAUCACAGUACCGGAGGAGGAAGCCAGGGGGGCUCUUGCAAUUCUCUAAAGGCUCCUCCAUCUCCAUAGCCUGAGGUCCAUGGUCUCAUCUACAGGCCAACAGCAGGAGAGCAUUCCUGCACAAGAUGCUCUGGGAUCCAGAAAUACAGAGAGGUUCACAGAUGGCACAACAUGUUCCUCUACCUGUGCACCUGGAAUCUUCCACUGCAUGGGACACUUGAUUGUUUUAGCUGCAUGUUGAGUGGUCACAUACUGUACGGUUAUUUUGUGCUACUCAUGGUGAAAUGGAAAAGAAAACUUGUGGGAAAAAAGUGGAAAAGAGUAUUUUUAUGUCAUUCUCUGAGUUUCAAUUCCAAUGUUUUUUUAAAUCAGUCUCUGUACUUGUUUUUAAAUGGAGUGUCGAUGUGUCACUCAAUGCUCUUGAGGUCAAAAUGUUGAUUUCCCUCCCACAGUGCAUGGGUGUGUGUUUCAGUGUGGUACAGUUCAAGAUGUUCUCUGUGGAUUUUGUCAAAAAGCAAAUGUGGUGAAUUGUUUACAGACUUUGCAAGUAAAAUGUUACUUCUCAUGUUAUUAAACAUCUAUUUCUUACAAAACCAAUGCAGCGUUUUUCAGUUACUCCUCUGUAUAUUCAGCAUGAUCUCAUUAGUUACUGUACGAAUUUGUAUGUUAAGUGUGGUUCUAUCUCUUUUUAGCUAGCACAUUUUCGUACGUUUGUAUAGUAAAGUACAAUAUCAACAUAUUUUACAGCUUCUAAAACCAUGAACAUAUGAACAACUUUAGAGAUGUACAAAACGUUUAUGAAUAUUUACGGAAUGUUUACGAAUCCUUUGAGGUUCAAAGAAUAUUAAACUCAUGGAAAUAACAGGUAGAUGUUAUUGUCUUUCUAAUAAACCCACAUGAACGCAAAGUAU